AUGGAGUUUUCUAAAUUUGCGACAGAAGAAAAUGUUUCCGUGAAGAAGUUGGUGACUAAAUAUGGCCUGCUGGAGCCUUCGAGGGGCAUCGACAUCAACGACAAGUACGACAAUGAAAUCUCACCGCCUCUUUUCAUGUCCAUUCCCCAACAGCUCAUUGCAGUUUUUAUGCUGGGGAUUGAUUCUCCAACGAUGCUGGAGCCGACUUGGUUUGGGUUCGAACUUAUGUCAACGCAUUUUGUCAAAUGUGCUCUCGCCGCUUCAGCUGUAGUCAACAACGCCAAUCGACCCUCCGUAAAGGAUGUUCUGGGCACCAUCGGUUUUGAGGUGGACAAAGGUGUUACAAGCGACAACGUAAAGGCAACCUGGGAUAGUUUGGGACAAUGGACUGCAUUUCUUGCCGACGCAGGUAGCGAAUCGACCUACCACGCUAGGACUCACCAGCUCGACGUUGGGCUCAAAAUUGUUUCAAAUUCUGCCACUCCCGGCAAGCUGCUUCAAAUUGAAACCCAAUUACUUCGGGCGUUAACUCAGCUUGAAAUGUUUCCCGGGCCUGGCAAUAAAAUGUUCCUUAUUGCUUGUGUCAACGAAGGGCAUAGCGAUUUGUGCGACGGCCUAGUCACAUUUUGUGCCAAGAAGAAAGAUACUGAGAGAGAAUUCAAAAAGAUCACGAUCAUGAUUCAAGCAAAGGACUACCAUGGGGACUCUUGGGUUGAUGUGGGAAAGAUGAAUGGUCAUGCUGCGAAGAACGCCAAUGAAGUUUUAGGUGGUGUGUUUGGUAAAACUCGGAUGUUGUGCGCGGCAAGUACUGAAGAUGCAGUUUUGGCGAAGGGGUUGACACAGAUAAAACGUGACUACCUUCCAUAUGUGUUUCCUAGAGGGAAGCUGGUAAAGGGGUUGCUCAAAAAGCUGCAAACGCAACGAAAUCCAUCAGCUCAUAUUGAAAAGUAUGCUUCUUUUCUCGACAAGGACGGAAACGAAGUUAAAGUGGAGGUGCGGGCGGAUCGAAAACGAAAAAGUCCUGGUUAG